UAUUAUUCCCUUUUCUUUGGCAAUAAAAGUUUUACAAUGAAUGUAAACAAACAACGUCAUAAGUUGUAAUCAAUGCCGUUUAAUUAAUUUAAGUUCAUUUACUCAAGAUGAGUGGAAAUGCCUUUAACUUUGAAAUCAAGCUCAAACGUGAAAACAAAGUGUAUUAUGAAAAUGAGAUGCUCGUAGGCUGCGUGCAGUUUCAGUGUCCGACUGAAACCAAGCACGAUGGAAUACUACUCACAUUGGACGGCGUCGUAAAUCUACAGYUAAGUAGCAAAACAGUUGGCCUCUUCGAUGCCUUCUACAACUCGGUGAAGCCCAUCACUUUGCUACAGAAUAGUCUGGAGCUCUCUGCUCCGGGCAAACUAAGUGCCGGCAAUUCCGAAUUCCAUUUUGAACUUCCUUUGGUUUGCAAGAAGGAGCCACGAAGACUAUACGAAACAUAUCACGGCGUCUUUAUCAGCAUCAACUAUCAGCUUAAAUGCGAUGUGAAUGUGAAACGCAAUUUCCUAGGCAAAUCGUUACAGAAAGUUCAACAAUUCUGUAUACAAUAUAAGCCAGUUCCGUUGGGUGAUGAGGCAACUAAAUCUGUGCCAUUCAGUCUGACAAUGAGCAAUGUCAAGGAACGUGUAACGAUGCCCAGGUUUYUAAUUACUGGUCGUUUGGACAGCUUAGAAUCGUGUGUCACGACUCCUAUAACAGGCAGCUUAACCGUGCAACAUACUGAGGCACCGAUAAAGUCAAUUGAAUUACAGCUAGUACGUGUGGAGACUUGUGGUUGUGACGAGGGCUACUCCAAGGAUGCCACUGAAGUGCAGACUAUACAAAUUGCCGAUGGCAAUGUCAUACCCAAACUGGAAAUACCAAUAUACAUGGUGCCCGNCGGCAAUUCCGAAUUCCAUUUUGAACUUCCUUUGGUUUGCAAGAAGGAGCCACGAAGACUAUACGAAACAUAUCACGGCGUCUUUAUCAGCAUCAACUAUCAGCUUAAAUGCGAUGUGAAUGUGAAACGCAAUUUCCUAGGCAAAUCGUUACAGAAAGUUCAACAAUUCUGUAUACAAUAUAAGCCAGUUCCGUUGGGUGAUGAGGCAACUAAAUCUGUGCCAUUCAGUCUGACAAUGAGCAAUGUCAAGGAACGUGUAACGAUGCCCAGGUUUYUAAUUACUGGUCGUUUGGACAGCUUAGAAUCGUGUGUCACGACUCCUAUAACAGGCAGCUUAACCGUGCAACAUACUGAGGCACCGAUAAAGUCAAUUGAAUUACAGCUAGUACGUGUGGAGACUUGUGGUUGUGACGAGGGCUACUCCAAGGAUGCCACUGAAGUGCAGACUAUACAAAUUGCCGAUGGCAAUGUCAUACCCAAACUGGAAAUACCAAUAUACAUGGUGCUCCCGCGUUUAUUUACCUGUCCCACUCUUUUAACCAAGAACUUUAAAAUUGAGUUCGAGCUUAAUUUAGUGGUGUUGUUCAAGGAGGAGCACACAGUUAGCGAAAACUUUAAAAUUGUCUUAAAACGCGCUUCAGGUCCUCUGCCUAGCAAAAUAACAACAGCUGGCCGCUGAACAGCAUCGAAUAAUAUUCAAAUACUACUAUAUAGAAUACUGCUUAGGGCUAGUUAUUUUUGACUAGACCUCAAMUGAGUGGAGUGAAUAGCAUAUAGUUUCCAAAUUGUAAGCAAUAUAUGCUCUAUAUCUCGAAACGUC